AUGACUAUUGAUCGGAGUCCAAAUAGCCUACGCAAGCAUGUUUUGUUGAAAGGCUCAUUUCACACGUUGCAAGAAGUCAAAGGUGUUGUUAUGAGGCAAGAAGAGCGUGUAGACGAGGAAAAGAAAAGCAAUGUUUUUGGUAGGAGAAAGUCGAUACCAAUGGUCCAAGUAAAACACUUUGAUAGCUUAGAUGGCCGUAGCGAUGAUGUCAUUUCAAAUGCUCGUCAAUGCCAUUACAACGAUGAAGAAAGUGAAGAUAGUGUUUCAAGUGACUCAGAUGAACAAGACAGCGAUGAUGACGAUUUUGGAACUCAACCUGCGCAGCCCAUCACGCGCUCCACCUUCUCAACAUUGAGCUUUAAAGUUUCAAGAGAUAUUCAAUCAACGACGUCAAAGCUGCAGAAAUUAACUCAAUUGAUAAAUAGAAAGAGCUUAUUCGAUGAUAAGCAGCUUGAGAUAAACGAACUCACUUACAUUAUAAAACAAGAUUUAGCAGAUCUAAACUCUCAAAUAUCUCAACUACAAUCAACGUUGAAUCAGUCUAACCAGAACUCGCAACACUCACAACAUCAAUCGAAUGUAGUCAUCUCACUUCAGAACACUCUAGCCAACACUUCCUUCUCCUUUAAAGAUGUCCUGGAGCUAAGGACUCAGAAUAUUAAAAAGUCUAAGCAAAGGACUGAAAAAUUUUCAACCAUAUCCAACAAGGAUACGAAUCAAGAUUUUAAACAAUCUGAUUCACCUUUAUAUACUAACAAUAUACCCUCUUCGUCGACUCACAAAAGAAGACAACGAAAUUCAGACGUUUUAGCGUUGGAUCUUGAUGAACCCAACACCACAAAUCAACAGUCUCAGCAAAUGUCGAUGAUUGGUAGACAGGACAACUACCUCAAUGAGAGAUCAUCAGCUAUUGAUACAAUAGAAAGUACUAUCUCAGAACUUGGACAGAUAUUUAGCCAGCUGAGUUCGAUGGUGGCUAUUCAAGGCGAAACUGUGCAAAGGAUUGACGCAGAUGUGCAUGAUAUAAGUGACAAUGUAUAUGGAGCACAAUCUGAGUUAUUGAAGUACUACGAAUCGAUCAAAUCGAAUAGAAUGUUGAUGUUCAAGUUAUUUGGAGUUAUAAUAAUCUUUUUCUUAGUAUUCAUACUAGUAACUUAA